UGCGCCGCCACCGUGCGGCUCCCUGUCCCAUCAACUCCAGCGCCCUGUUUCCAGCCACACCAGUCAGCCACGGUGGUCCAAGACACGGACACGUCAGGAGGAUUUUUUUUUUUCCUACUCCUCCUUUUUUUUUUUUAAGGGGAGUUCAACGGGUGGUGAAGAUAAUGGGAACUCACUGAAGACAACAACAAUAACAACAACAACAACGUCCUCCUCCGGCAGCAUCCCGCUGAAGUAACCGAAAGGUAAACAGCUAACGAUAGCGCCGCUCUCAAACCGUUUGAUAGCCGUUCACCGCCUGUGAUAAUGCACAAUAUCCUCAGCUAACGGCAGCUAGCCUGUGAGGAAGCUAACACAUUUCAUCUCCGGCGGACACCAUGAACUACGUGGGCCAGCUGGCAGGUCAGGUGCUGGUAACCGUCAAAGAACUGUACAAGGGCAUUAACCAGGCCACGCUGUCGGGCUGCAUCGAUGUUGUGGUUGUCCGCCAGAGAGAUGGCACCUACCAGUGCUCGCCAUUCCACGUGCGCUUCGGCAAGCUGGGUGUACUGCGCUCCAAAGAGAAAGUGAUUGACAUUGAAGUGAAUGGCGAGCCGGUAGACCUGCACAUGAAGCUUGGUGACAAUGGAGAGGCCUUUUUUGUCCAGGAAUCUGAGCAGCAGAACCAGAUUGUCCCUGCCCAUCUGGCCACAUCCCCAAUCCCCACCGAGAGUCACCUGUUCUGGAUCUCAGAGGUUGAGCACAGGAGCGCAGCGAAAGAUCUGGAGGAUGACCACGCUGACCCAGAGGACCCACCAGAGCCUCCCGCUCCGAGCACCAUGGCCACGAAAAAGAAGAAGAGACGGAGGAAGAAGCACAAAGGAGACCCCCGAAGAGAGGAGCUAACACCGCCCAUGUCAGUCAAUACUGGUAAUGCUAUUGCUGCUAACGCACCUGCUGCUACGACUGCUGCUAUGUCCAGCACUGGGCAAAAUGAAGAGAUCUUUGAGAUGGACAUGAGCUCCGACGAGGAAGCUGCAGCACGUGUCUCAAGGUCACCUUCAGUAACUACAACGCGAGACAUUGACCCCAAAUUACCCGCAGCCAGGCACAACCUUGAUGGGUAUCCACUGUCAGAUGGGGACUGGCGGGCAGACGACAGUCAUGGCUUGUCUCAGGCUUUUUCCCCAAAGAGUGACUCUGAACUGAUGGUAAGGCCCUCAGAGAGUUUGCUCAGAGCUGAGUCCCACAUGCAGUGGACCUGGGGAGAGUUUCCGGAAACAACCAGGGUCACCAAAAAAGAGAAAGCAGAACUACUAAAAACAGUGACCAUCACCCCAUCAGAGAGCACCCACUUCCGCGUCAUCCUCAGCUCUGAGGCCAUGGAGAAUGAGACUGAUGUUGAAAAAGAAGAUGGUGCCUCGUCCUCAGUGUGUACCAUUGUCAAGCCCAAGCCACGCACCCCUAUCACAACUGUAACACCAGUGAAUCCUCUCGCAUCUGUCAGCACCAUCACCUCUAUGAGUCCUUUAACUCCGACAGAGCCCCUGGAUGUUCUGCCAUCCAAUGUGGCAACCUCCACCCCUUCUAACAGCCAACAGAGCGAUUCACCCUCCAAGAAGAAAGGUGUCCCAAAGAGGAGCCAGCACCAGGGUCCUGAGGAUAUCUACCUAGAUGACCUGAAUGUACUUGAACCUGAUGUUGCUGCACGAUAUUUUCCUAAGAGCGAGUCUGAGGCAGCGACUAAGCACUGGAUGGACUCAGAGAUGCGCUCUGGUUCACAGUCUCCACAGUCGGUGGGCAGUGCAGCAGCUGACAGCGGGACGGAGUGUCUCUCUGACUCAGCGAGCGACCUCCCUGACGUUACCCUUUCUCUGUGUGGAGGCCUCACAGAAAAUGCUGAAAUAUCCAAAGAAAGGUUCAUGGAGCAUAUCAUCACCUAUCAUGAGUUUGCUGAAAACCCAGCAAUUAUAGAUAACCCCAACCUGGUAGUUAAGAUAGGAAAUAGAUAUUAUAAUUGGACAUUAGCUGCACCCUUGAUUCUGAGUCUACAAGCGUUUCAGAAGAAUUUACCAAAGGCUACAGAGGAGGCCUGGGUGAAGGAGAAAAUGCCAAAGAAGUCAGGCCGCUGGUGGUUCUGGCGAAAAAGAGCGGAUAGUACAAUCAAGCAGUCGGAGACCAAGCUUGAAACUAAGGAGGACUCUCAUCUGGAGGAGGAAGGUGCCUCUGUAUCUCAGGAGAAACUGUCCAUGCCGCCGAAAGCAGGAGACUCAUCCAGUGAUGAAGAGGCCAAAGAGGUGAGCGCUGCAUCCUGUCAGGAGAGACUGCAGCCAGUGGAUGGUCAGCAUCACCCCAGCCCACUCACGUACAGGAAGUCGCUUCGCCUCUCCUCUGAUCAAAUAGCCAGUCUGAAACUGAAGGAGGGACCUAACGAUGUGACGUUCAGCAUCACCACCCAAUACCAGGGCACAUGCCGUUGUGAGGGCACCAUCUACCUGUGGAACUGGGACGACAAAGUCAUCAUCUCUGACAUUGAUGGGACCAUCACCAAGUCAGAUGUGUUUGGACAAAUCCUGCCACAGUUGGGGAAGGACUGGACUCACCAGGGUAUUGCCAAGCUCUACCACUCAGUAGCUGAGAACGGCUACAAGUUCUUGUACUGCUCAGCGCGGGCUAUUGGCAUGGCAGACAUGACAAGAGGUUACCUGCAGUGGGUCAACGAUGGAGGCACCAUCCUACCCCGGGGACCUCUCAUGCUGUCUCCCAGCAGCCUCUUUUCUGCCUUCCACAGGGAGGUCAUCGAGAAGAAACCGGAGAUCUUCAAGAUUGAAUGCCUUACAGAUAUCAAGAACCUGUUCCAGCAUAACAAGCAGCCAUUCUACGCCGCCUUUGGGAAUAGAACUAAUGACGUGUUUGCCUAUAAGGAGGUGGGAGUUCCAGUGUGUCGGAUCUUCACAGUCAACCCAAAAGGAGAGCUGAUCCAGGAGCAGACCAAGGGAAACAAGUCCUCGUACGGCAGGCUCAGUGAACUGGUUGAGCACGUGUUCCCUCUGUUGAGUAAAGAGCAGAACGAGGCCUUUGUCAUGCCAGAGUACAGCUCUUUCUGUUACUGGAGACAGCCCAUACCAGUCAUCAAUCCUGAUGAACUGCUCUGAUCCAGCGCAUGUGGAUACCCAGGUAUUCAUAUACAUGCAAUUGGACUGUGCACUUGAAUGCAACUCAUGGACUGAUUACCCACACCUGUGUACAAACAACUCUACAAUGAGUCUAAUACAGUAACAGGGUUAUGGCCAUACACACAAAAAAAGUUUGUAAACUGUAAUUUAUUAUUAGAGACGAGUGGAACCCCUGAAAAUAUUCAUCCCAGAGAGACGAGAGACUAAUCGCCAACUAAAUUAUCAUCUCUCUUCAUGCCUGUGAAGGCAUCCUAACGCAGUAAGCACUUGUGUGUCCCCAUCACCAUCCAGGGAUAAAGAUCUGAGUCCCAUCUUUUCUCUCUGUAAUGUCUAGCAAACAGAAUAAUCUCCAUUUGCCAUCAUGGAAGCGACUGAAGCCCCACGAGGCAUUAUCCAUCAGCACUAGAGUCUGAGCUGUGCAGAUCUGGAGACGUUGUUUUCUCGGGUCACGUUUUUUGCACAUUUUUCUGAAAGCCCUGAAGAAUCUAAAUGAGAUGUAUAAAGCGAAGAAAGAAAAAAAAAAGACACACAGGAUAGGCAAUUAGUCAUGCGCUGGUAAUAUUUUGCUGUGGCUGCUAUAUUUGCCUAGACGCAGGUGUCCAGCCUUUAUUUGGAGGCUUUAUUCUGUCCUAAAACAUUGAGUGAAAUACUAGCUGGCAAAUACCGACUACACCACCCACGGACCAUACUCAGUAGUGAGUUGAAAGCUACAGUAGGUGUUCAGUUUUGUUCCUGACUCUGAACCCUGGGCUGUAGUCAUUAGUUCCCUUUUGGUGGAACAGAUUUCAGAUUGCCACCUUCCCCUGGAGAGUUCACGACGUUUGUACUAGGUGAGUCAUGUUUGGUAUUAAUAAUAUUCAAGGUCGUACCAGGGACAUACUUUUGCCAACAAGAAGUAUGUGAAGAUGCACAGAUAGAUGUGACUUAAAAACAAAAUGAAGCAGCUUCGUGGUAUAUUGUCUUGCUGUUAUUUUAAUGUUUAUUCUGUUUAAAGAAGCUCUGGCGAAAUCAAGUGUGUUUUGUUAACAAUGCAGUCAUUAUUUAUGAUAAUUGGUAUGUUUAAGUUAUUGAUUUCUAUCGUGAUGCCUUUACUUGUCUGAAAAAAAGAAAAAGUAAUUAAUCACCAAUGCAAUGUGGAAAUACUUCAAACUGAUAUUUUGUAUGCUCGGCCACAGGUUAACAUGCACUAACUGUUGGACCUUGUAGUAUUUUAUUUUCUUUAGUCGUGUAUCCUGUUUUUCACGAUCUGUAUUCCUUGUUUUACAGUGAACAUUCUCAACAUGUAAUAUAAAUACACAUUCCAUAACAAACCUCAGAAUCCACAGCUUUAGUAUUAAAAUAUGUGUGUAAAUGUAAAAGAUAACGCUUGAGUUGGAAACAGUGGAAAUAAGCAGAUCUGGAAAGAGCUUAAAAUGAAGGAUUUCCUUUCAUGCGAGGUUCCCCCGUAGGAUGACUACGGGGUGAUGCAAGUGUGUGUGUAUGUUUGCUUGCGUGCGUGUGCAUAGUGAAAUCACUGAGUGCUGCUGCUGCUGCUGUGAGGGGGGUGACAGGAUCAUUCACCCUUUGCUUAUGUUCCCUCAGUGGCUUUACCAAGACUUAUCCAACGCACUUUGUCUAAGCUGCACCCAGAGACGCAACUCAGAACACUUCUCGCCCACAUGCACUUCACAGAAGGUCUUCAUGGACAAAAAAGACCAGUGUAUGCAAUUAAUGCAAGAUGAAGAGCUCUAGUUUUUAGUUCUCAGAGUGUGUUCUGUGAGUUACACCACAGGACACAUCAGAUAUUCUGAAAUAUGUGGAUAUAAGUAAUUGUUGAUUUGUAUUUGUAGGUUACAAGGCCAAAUGUGGGGAUUAAAAACAAAAUAUUUAUGUUGGGAGCUGAACCCCUUAGCCUCUGUGUGUAUGUGUGUGUUUGUCUAUGUGUGUGUGUUUGAGAGAGAGAAAGAGAAAUAAUAAUAAUAAAAAAAAAGACUGAUCCUGUGCCUCUGGUGACUAGAGAAAGAGCCAUUUAGGUUUUGUUUGGAGAUAAACAGGAAAUACUUGACUGUGUACAGGAAGCUUUUUGAAGCGCUUCACCGGCAUUAUAUGAUGUGUGUUUGGGGAACAGACUUGUAGGACAGAUGUGCCACUCCACUCACAUGGAUCAUGCCUCCAGCACAAGCGUGACAUGUUCACAUGUGCUAGUGAGGAUUAAAAAAUCAGAAGAGUCGGAGUGAGACUUGACAGACAAAACCAUUUAAUGGGGGGAAAAAAGCACAAUUUAUGGUAACGGCUAGAUCCAGAUUGUCACAAUUAGUCGACAUUGUUUCGCUGAAGUGUUUCCACAUUUACUCUCUAGCUCAGAUGUUUUUGUGAUAAUUAAGACACGUGUUCUGCUUUGAUUCGUUUGCUUGUUCUCUAAGUUUGGUGAAGUCAAAUAGAUAUAUCUUAUGAUUAACAAAAUGAAUUCCAUUCUUUCUAUGAAAGUAAAGCAUCUUGUGUGGAAGAAUCACACUUCAUCCUCUAUGAUCCUGGGAUAUGUGGUAUAUACAUAUAGAUAGAUAUAUAUAUAAAAUAUUGUUUGUUCUCACUCAACUGCUGUGGAAAAAUGAUCCAGUACAUAUGCUGAUCAUCACAUUAUCUGUCUUUGAUGCCUUUCUUUUGUUUGUUUGUUUGAUUAUUUCUUUAUAAAGCGUAUGAUCUUUUUGUGGGACUGUUUUUUUUUCUGUUUGGAGGUAAUGCUUGCUAUUUGAUUGUGUCUGACCAACAGAAAUAAGUGUAUGCUGUGUUUGAUUUGUAUAGAAAUGUGGUUUAAAGUACGUUUAAAGAACAAAAUACAUUGUAAGAAAGAAGGAAAAAAAAUACAGGCCUAAUGAAGCAAACAAAGUGUGGCUUGUGGUCAUAUUUGUAUUAAAUAAAGUUUCUAACUGAA